AGCAAAACUUGUUACAUACAACAUUGCUUUACAUGAUUCCUUGUCCUCCCUCAUUCUCUCAAUCACAAAAUGAAGUUAAGUUACCCUUCACUUCCUCUUCUCACCAUUUUCCUUUUCCUACUUCCUUCUUUGAUCAAAUCUCAAAUGUGCCAAAGAAACUGUGGCAAAGAAACUCUCAAAUACCCUUUCGGUAGCGGCCCCGGUUGCGGCGACCCUCGCUUCCAACCACAUAUAACUUGUAGCCAACAAAAACUCACCUUCACAACACACACAGGUUCCUACCCUAUUACCUCAAUUGACUAUGCAAAUCAAGUCAUAUACAUUUCAGAUCCCACCAUGUCAACAUGUUCUUGUACUCUACCUAGCAAAGGCUUCGGCUUAGAUUGGAACGCACCAUUUACUUUCGAUGAUAGCACCAUAUUCGCUUUAGUAGAUUGUUCGAUGAACUCAUCAUCGAUAUGCAAAUCAAGAAGUUAUGAUGAUGGAAGCAAUUCUAAGCUUCAAUGUGAUCAAAAUACACAAAUUUGUGAUGUUAUGUAUUCUUGUAGGCCUAUUAGUACUAAUAUUAACCUUCCGAUUUCGACAUGUUGUGUUUAUACACCGGUUAAUCUUGGUCCAGCUUUUGAUAUGGAUCUUCAGAAGCUUCAAUGCAGUUCAUAUACAGGUUUUUACAAUUACAAUGAUCAACAAGUUGAUCCUGAAAAGUGGAACUAUGGAAUUGCACUUAAGUAUAAGUUUAGUGUUACAAAUGAUUAUCCUAGCUCUUGUGCUGCAUGUGAAAGGAGCUUUGGAUUUUGUGGAUAUAGUGAAGCUUAUAAUUCAUUUUUAUGCAACUGUCCUAAUGGAAUUAACACUACUACAGAUUGUUUCUUCACAUCAUCUUAUAAUAAUGGUUUUAGAAAUGGGUUUGCUUGGUUGAUAUAUGGUGUGGCAUGGUCUUUGAUUAGGCUCAUCCUGAGAAAGGAGCCUUGGUAAUCCAAAGUUCGAUCGAGAGGCACGAGAGAAUUAUAUGAAGUUUGUUGCAAGCUUGCAUGUUGUCCAACUCUAUGUAUCCCUUUCAAUGCAUCAAAAAUGUAAAAGGGUAUCUUUCCUAUAUAAGCAGAUGUUGUAAAUUAAGGGUA